AAAUAAAAUCUUUUUUUUAAAAAAAGAGAGACUUGAGGGAGGUGCGGGAGAAGCUGCAAGGAUGUCUGGGGAAGAGUGUUCCUGACAGAGGGAAUAGCAUAUGCAAAGGCCCUGAGGUAGGACUGUGCCUGGUUGUAUUUGAGGGACAUUGAGGGGAACAGUGGCUGGAGCAGAGUGAGAAUGGGAAGGGGGGUGACAGAAGGACUACUGGGGGGCUGCAUCAGGACACAAACAAUCUCCUCACAUUUUUAUCAGCCCUUGGUGCAUGAAUAGAGCAUUGUUUAUUUAAUCGACCCCCAGGUGAUGAGCACAAACAGUAUUCCAGUGAACAUCUGGCACACACAUCUUCCGUCUUCCUGCAUGCCCGUGGCUUUGCUGGCGCAAGCAGGGAGGCUCCAGUUGAGGCAGGAGGCUCCAACCUCCUCUCAGCAUGGGCUUGCUUCUCCCCCCUCCACCCCCACCAGGCUGCCUGUACUGGAGACAGCGUUUCCAGCCGGAGAAGCUCACCCCAACCCGCUGGACUCCAUCAUGAGCAACCGCUUCCCCCGCUGGUUCAUCCUUGGCCACCUGGAGACGCGCCAGUGUGAGCUGGCCUCUGCCAUGCUGACAGCUGCCAAGGGAGACCCCAAGUGGCUGCAUGCGGUACUGGGCUCCAUCCAGCAGAACAUCCACUCGCCUGCCCUGCUCUUCAAGCUGGCGCAGGACGCCUGCAAAACGGCCACCCCGGCCAGUGCGCCUCCCGACACCACGCUGCUGGGCAUUGCGCUGGAACUAGGCCUGCAGGUGAUGCGCAUGACCCUGAACACCAUGACCUGGCGGCGGCGGGAGAUGGUGCGGUGGCUGGUCAGCUGUGCCACAGAGAUCGGCCCGCAAGCCCUGAUGAAUAUCAUGCAGAACUGGUACUCCUUAUUCACGCCGGUGGAGGCUGCCACCAUCGUGGCGGUGACGGGCACCACGCACGCCACGCUGUCGCGGCUGCAGCUGGACGCGGCCCAGCGGGAGGAGCUCUGGGCCUGUGCGCGCACCCUGGCCUUGCAGUGCGCCAUGAAAGACCCGCAGAACUGCGCCCUGCCGGCGCUCACGCUGUGUGAGAAGAACCGCGCGGCCUUCGAGGCCGCCUACCAGAUCGUGCUGGACGCGGCGGCCGGCGGCCUGGGCCACGCCCACCUCUUCCCGGUGGCGCGCUACAUGGAGCAGCGCGGCCUGCCGCUGCGGGCCUACAAGCUGGCCGCGCUGGCCCUGGCCCAGCUCAGCAUCGCCUUCAACCAGGACAGCCACCCCGCCGUCAACGAUGUGCUCUGGGCCUGCUCGCUCAGCCACUCGCUGGGCCGGCACGAGCUCUCCGCCAUCGUCCCCCUCAUCAUCCGCAGCAUCCACUGCGCCCCCAUGCUCUCUGACAUCCUGCGCCGCUGGACCCUCGCGGCACCUGGCCUGGGGCCCCUGGGGGCCCGCCGCGCCGCCAAGCCGCUGGGCGCCGACCGGGCUCCGCUCUGCCAGCUCCUGGACGCCGCGGUGGCCGCCUACAUCGCCACCAGCCACUCCCGCCUCACGCACAUCAGCCCGCGGCACUAUGGCGACUUCAUCGAGUUCCUGGGCCAGGCCCGGGAGACCUUCCUGCUGGCGCCUGACGGGCACCUGCAGUUCGCCCAGUUCUUGGAGAACCUCAAACAGACCUACAAGGGCAAGAAGAAGCUCAUGCUCUUGGUGCGGGAGCGCUUCGGCUGAGGGGCAGCAGGCCGCGGCGGGGACCCCCUUGGCCCCUGCUCCUGUGGUGCCAGCUCUCCAUCACGGGCCUCAACACUGGGGGCCCAUGUGGCAUUUCAGUAUUAAGUCAGGGAAGGAGCUAGGUGGUCUUACCUGCCAUCCCCCCCAAACCCUGCUGGAGGGGGGACCACGGGGGGGGGGGGAUGACGUCCUGCCACAUGCGUGCCUAGGAGUGUGCGAGCGAGUGUGCGAGACGCAAGGAUCAGAAGCCAUACCACCACCCAGAGGCCUGGAAGGGGCUGUGUGCUUGGGCAGCUGGUAUGACCCCGCCUGGGGCACCCCAAAAGCAAUAGGCAAGCUCUCCCUCCCCAAACUCGCAGGCCCGGCUCGGACUGGGGGUGGGGGUGGGGGCUGCAAGGCAGGACUUUCCAGAAACUGGCUCUUAAAGUCAAUGGUAGCAGACCCUCCCCACACCCCACUCUGGGUGACCAGGGGACUUGUGUUAGGGCGUCUAAAUCUCCUUUUAUACCCUCCCCUCACUGCCUCAGGGGCCCCAUUCCGCAGCCCUAUACCCGUGCCAGGCUGCCCACCUGGGACCAACAGCUCAUCCCCACUGAAGGAUUUAAAGAGGCCUCAGGCCUCAGCCACAUACCUCACCCCCCCCAGUCCAGCCAGGACUCCCAUUCCCAAGGAUGCCAAGGUCCCAGUGUGGGCUCGAGGGGUCACUACUGUCCCUCCCCCUACCUGCUAGUCACUGGACAUACAACUCAGGAACUGAGCCAGGCUCAUGCUGUCCUCCAAACCUGGUGUUGGGGGGAGACAAGCCCAGGAGAGCCAGGGACCCCCGCCCCAGAUCUGGAGAGAAGAGAGGCUGGCAUCUUGGCAUUUUCUGGCUCUGUCUCUGGCUCUGCCUUUCUCCUCCUCCAUGUCCCUGCUCCACCCCUUCAUCUUACUCUCCCUUUCCAUAUUUCCCUCUAUUUUGCCUUUCUAUUUGUGGCUCUGAAUCGCAGCUGCUGUCUCUCUUGGGUCUCCCUUGCCCCACCUUGGCCCAGGGACGAGGAGGGAGAGUGUCCCACCCCGAUCACCCCCCCCCGUCUUUUCUCCUCUUGUAAUUAAGGACAAAAUCAUGUCAUUUUGUAACUUUUUUUCUAUUUAUUGAACUGUAUAUUGUA